AUGGCCCUAGAUUCUCUUUGGAAAACAGAUGGUGGUUUUAAGAAUAAUUACAUGAACGAAAUAAAAAGAUUAAUGGUGCAAAAGUUACCCCAGUUGAUAAUAGAAGUAAAGCACAUUGACUCUAGGAUCAAGUUCUUGAAGAGAAGGUACCAUGCUAUUAAUGAAAUGUGCAAGAAGAGUGGAUGUUCUUGGAAUAAUGUUGAAAAAAAGAUUGCAUGUGAAUUUACAUGGUAUACCGAAUGGAUUAAGAUUCAUAAAGAUGCUAAGGGCUUGUAUAAUGUCUCAUUCCCUUACUUUACGAAUUUGGAUAUUGUGUAUGGCAAGGAUCGAGCGACGGGGGAUCUGGCUGAAGAUCCACUUACUACUGAGUCACUGCCAUCUAAUUCUUUCAGUUCACGUGCUGCUAAAAAAAAAUACCAUCAUCAAGUUUAUAAAGUUUCAAAGAAGACUAAGUUUGCACCUAUGAAGAAUGCUGAAACUGAGUACAAGGAGUUUAAUGAUGAAAUUCGGGGUUUUAUGAAUAGUCUUGAUGGUCACCUUAGCACAAUGUCAACUUGGAUGCAAGUUAGGGGCGUUCAGAAAAUAAAAAGCGAAUCAAACACUGGGUCUCCACUGCUUAGGGAUUUACCGGGAGGAAGGCGGAGGGAGGAGAGUCAGGGCAACCAUGGCAGUGUCGUGGAUGUACGCUCAUCUCCGACGGUGGCUGGUGGAGCACCCGGUGAUGGAAUCCUUCGAAUGGAGACCGAACGAGACCUUCGGCGCCUCGAUCCCUUUCGUCGCCUCCUAUCUCACCCUCGUCCUCCUCGCCCGCGGAAUCCUCCCCCUCCCCCGGCCGUCGCCCACCCUCCUCCGCCGCCUCUCCUUCGCACACAACCACUUCGUCCUCCUCCUCUCUGCUACCAUGGCCGCCUGAUGCUCCCUCUCCGCCGCCGCCCGCUUCCCCUCCCCCCGCUGGCUCUUCUGCUUCCCCCCUCCGCCACCGUCCGAUCCGGUCCCCUCUUCUUCUGGGCCCACGUCUUUUACCUCUCCAAGCUCUACGAGCUCGCCGACACACUGCUCAUCCUCCUCUCCGAGCGACGACGCCUCACUUUCCUCCACGUCUACCACCACGCCAUCGUCAUCGUCAUGUGCUACGUCUGGCUCGCCAGCGCGCAGUCCCUGAUGCCGGCCGCCCUUGUCACAAACGCAUCCGUCCACGUCGUCAUGUACGCCUACUACCUUUCCAGUAGCGCGGGCUGGCGAUGGACACCGCGGUGGAAGCGGGCCGUCACGGAGCUUCAGAUCGCGCAGUUCGUCUUCAGCUUCCCCGUCUCCGGCGUCUUCCUCUGGUACCACUUCACCGGGGGUGGGUGCGAGGGGAUGCGCGGCUGGCUCUUCAAUGCCGCGUUCAACGCCUCGCUCCUCGCCCUCUUCGUCGACUUCCACCUCAAGGCGUAUAAGGAGGCUAAGAAAAAGCUCAAGGCUGCUACCGCUGCCGCCGCCUCCCCUUCCACAUCAAGGUACAUUAGACAAAAAAGACACUCUACGUUAGGAGAAACCAUGGUCUUGAUAUAGGCUCAUCUGUUCCUGUUGCAGAAAUGACUGUUGUAUAAUACAUCAAGAACAAAGUUUUACAGCUGCCUGCUAUCUAGUAGAUAGAUUAACUAAGGGCAAUUUGGUGUUCAUAACACGAAUAGAAGCAAAAAAUUGGAUGAACCUACAAGUAUUUUCCUAGAAGAAGCUCCACAGGUUGAAGUCAUCAAUCUCCUCCUCACACUCCUCCCAGGAAUAGAUCAGUUGGUUGAUCAUCUCAUCUGUGAACUUUGGUGAUUGGAAGGUUCCAAGUCCAAUAAAAGCUUCAUCAUCCGUCUUUUCAUUUGCGGUUGAAGUAGUUGAGCUUGCCAUUAGAGGAUGCUGAUCUUCAUCGGCAUCAAGUGAUCGAGAAGGCGAAGGAAGAGGAGGUGAUGGAUUGGUAGAAGAAAGUGAACCCGCAAUGUUAGCAUUGGCAGCUGCUGCAGCAGCAACUCUUUGGAUAGACUUCGGCGACAUGACAGUGGCAGGAAAGUGGUGAGGGGGAAGGGAGGCCGGGAAGUUCAGAGCGGCAGAUGAGCCUCUGACACAGAGCAGAGCUGCAUCGUAAGCCCUCGCCGCGGCCUCCGGUGUGGAGUAAGAGCCGAGCCAUAUCCUGGUUUUCUGAUGUGGUGCUCUGAUCUCUGAGACCCAGGAUCCCCAGCUCCUCCUCCUCACUCCCUUGUACUGUCUCUUACUGGAGCUUUGGGAGCGAACCGAACUACUCUUCCCCAUGGAAAUACAAUGGUGAUAGCCUUAUGCUCCGUGUGGUUUCUCUAAUGAAAUUUAUAGACGACACAUGCCUAGAUGGUUUCCUCGCAAAGGUGUGGAAGCCAACAACAAAAGUCCAUGGGCGCAAACUCCAGGGAAAAGAACUGAAACCCUGUUUGUUUUCCUUUCAAGUAAGCACAUGCAUACUCAUUGCGUUGCUGGGUACUAUUGGUGAGAUUUGAGCCAGUCGACAAUCUGGCAUUGAAUAAGGAAGGAAGGAAGCAGCGAAGAGAAGAAAGGAGGCAGCUUCCAGUUUCACAUUGGCAGUGGAGGAUGAUGCAUAGGAUUCUGUCAGCGCGUGGCGGAGCCCAGUCGUGGUUGGAAAGGUGGAUGCAUUCUGCAGCAAGCCAACAGGUAGUUAUUAGCUGGAGCCGCGUCCAUGCAACUCUUCUUCCCUGUCUUACCGUCGCCAUAGAUUUAAAGAACAACUUAUGCACGUUCAAAGAUAGAUCUUUAGAAUCAUCCCCAUUGAAAUUCAAGCUCUGCUCUUCUUGCUUUAAUAAGAGGCUCAAAGUUUGAAUUUUAAAAGGCCGACUUUAUCUGAUAGAUUCUAUCUCUUGGGACUAUUUAGA